AUGCUUGUCUUGUCCAUACCCAGUACAGUCACAGCCAGCAACAGGCUCCCAGGCUUCACAUCCCAUGUGGAUUCUACUGCCAAGCACUCUGGGAGCAGCAGCAGCAGCAGCAGCAGCAGCAGCAGCGGUAGCGGUGGUGACGGUGGCGGUGGUGGCGGCAGAGGGAACAGAAGUCAUGGAGUGGCGAUUGAUAGAGGGAUAGAGGAGGAGGGGUCAGUGCUGGGGUUGGCUGUAGACUGGAGUGAGGAGGAGCGGGGGAGGAUGGAGAGGAGCGGAAGGGCAGGAACGGAGACAAGAUGGGAGGAGAGAGCGGAGGAUACAGGGAAGUUUUGGGUGAAGCGACGGGUGGGGGGAGUGAGAAGAGCCGGGGAGAGAGUGGGUAAGGAGCAUGCAGUGCGAGGAGGGAGAAGGAGAGCGGGUGGCAGGGGGAGGGACGGUGGGAUCAGCAACGGUAGGGGGUUGCAGGAAAGGAGGAGGAAGCGAGGAGGAAGGAGAGGAGGGGUUGGGGGAGGGAAAGAGGGAGGGCGAGUGAGGGAGUGUGAGGGGGUGAUGGUGGGGGAGUGGCCGGGAGUUGAUGGGUUGGCAGCAGUGGGGGCACUCAUGGCUGUGAGGGCGAGGCGAGUGAGGGAGGGAAGAGGAGGGGAGAGGGGCAGGGUGGAGAGCGAGAGUGGUGCUGGUGUUGGGGCUGCUGUGCCGUGGUGGUUCCUCACCUCUCCCAUGCGCCCUCUGCGCCUCACAUCUCCACCCCUCUGCACCUUCCUUCGCCCCAUCCCACACCCCCCCCUCUUUCCUGCCCCUCCCCUCCUUGCCCCCUCCCUCCUUCUAAUCAGUUCCUGUGCUGUGGUGGGUCCUCACCUCUCUCACGCGCCCUCCGCGCCUCACCUGGGGGCAGCCAUUGACUCGCAUGCCCUCGUGCUGCGCAUGGGACAGCACACCCCGCCCACCCGCCUGCAGGCCUAUGUCCUGGGCAGUCGCACUGACAUGUGGAUGGAGGUGGGAGGGAGGGGUGGAGGGGCCAUGCACGGCUCACAUGAGGUGGGGGGAGGGGCGGGGGGAGGGGGCACGGGGAGGGGGCUCACCAAGGGAAGGGGGAGAGGAGCGGGGAGAGGAGGGGGGAGAGGAGGGGGGAGAGGGGUGGGGCGGCGACGCUUGCUGGGGCUGAAGGGCCGAUCGGAGGCAUACCUGCGUGCUGACAGCUCGGCCCUUGUUGCCUCACCGCCCUGGCUGCCAGCGUUACAGCAGCUGGGUGUGCGCAGGGGGCACGUAGGCAAACGACGCGGGGAUACGGGUGCAGGCGAGGAGGAUGAGGCCCUCUUCCUUCCCCCGGCACUAACAGACGAAGCUCGCCGCCUCUUCAACGCCUUUGCCCACCGCUUCCGAUGUGCCAUUGGUGCUCCCAUGUCUGCCCACCGUGCCGCCUCUGAUGCUGCUUCUUCCACCGCCGCAUCUGGUGCUGCUUCGAGUGCUACCGCUGCUACUGUGGCAAAAUCUGGGGGGGCAGCAGGGGCAGCAGCGGCAGCAGGGGAAGCGGCCAUCCCCAUCCCCAUCCCCAUGCCUCGCAUGCCCCCGCACUGGCCGGUGCUGUACCUGCUGCUGCAUGCGUGCGACAAGCUCACAUUGUUUGGCCUUAUCCGCAACGCCUCCGUGCAUGUGCUGCAGAGCCCCAUGCACGUUCCUUCAGUGCGGUCAGAGCUACACCGCCGCCCAUCACUGCUGGUGCUGGAGUCGCUGCUGCAUGCCCUAGCGCGCACCAACCUGCUCAGCUGCUGCGGGGGCAUCGAAGACCACUUCUGCCGCCUCCCACCGCUGCUGCCUGGGGGUGAUAGCGGUGUGAGCAGUGAGAGGGAGAUUGCUGCCUCUGGUGCUGGUGGAGCAGGGGAGGUGGCUUCUGGUGCGGGUGGUGCUGGUGCAGGAUUUCUUGGUGGAGAGGGGAGUGGGGAAGGAGGUGAGGUGGGAGGGAGAGGCAUGGGGAGGGCUGGGCAGGAGAGGCAAGAGGAAGAGGGAAGAGGGCAGAGCGGUGAGGGAGCUCACAGUGGUGCUGCUGGUGCUGCUGAUGUUGUGAAUGGGAACGAAGGGGGCACUGCUCUUGGCGGAAGAUCUGUUAACGAGGAAGACUAUGAUGAGGAUGAGGUGGAUAGCAGAGGCAAGGGGGGUAAGGUGGUGGGGGGGCAGGGUGCAGUCGAGGGGGCAGGGUGGGGGGAUGAGUAUGGUGAUGAGGGGGAGGAGUGGGGGGAGGGAGGAGAGGGGGAGGGGGGUGGAGAGGGGACGGGCGGAGGGGACGAUGAUUAUGAGUAUGAUGACGACUACUAUGGGGUGCCUGUGGAGGAACUUAUGGAUGACUUGCAGCAUGCCAAUGCGGCACAUGCUCAAGAGGUGCAACAAACAGAUGCGUGA